GACUACGUCUAUGUCCCAUCACCACAAAAAACAAAAUUGACUCAUUUUCUUGGUUUCUCUGAUUACAGUGAUUGAGGUUAUCAAUUCUUUGGAAUGAGAUUUUCAUGAAAUGUUAAGAAAAUAUCCAGUGUCUCCGUUUAAAAAGUUGAAAAAAUUAUUUAUUGGAGGUGCAAAAAUAAUUUUUAUAGCGGAAGCAACAAGUUUUCUUGUAUCGUUUGGAGUUUGGUAUAAACUCAAUCAUUCUCAAGAUUUCAGGCUGAAAGCGCACAAGAACUGCAACUAUAUCUUGGAAGCUUAUUAUACAUUUGGCGAGCAACUAUCUGACGAAAAUAAAGUGAUUCGUAUUAACGAUUUGGAGACUUGGAAAGCCAACGGAGAAAUCUAAUUCGAAGCGAUGAGAUUUUACCUUAUGCCCACAUUGUUCGCCGUUUCCUGUGUUCUGUCGGUGGGUGCCGGCUUUGCUCUUGUCUAUAUUUUGGAUGACGGCACACCAUCCUACGAAGAGAUAGCAAAAAACAGAAAAGAAACGGAUGAUGAGAGAAAGAAAGUUGAAAAAAUGAUGGAAAUUAUUAAGAGAGCUGGAGGUAUUAAAGAUAAAUAGAAAAGAGAAGUUUAUUUUUGGGAUUCCAGUUAUUAGAUAGAUAGUAAAUAUAUGUAAUUAAAAUGGAUGAUCCGUCUGAUAGUUAUAAGCAGAUCCCAGAAUCAAUAUUGAAGAGGAAUGCCGAACGUCAGCAGUUGAUUGAUAAAAGAAAAGAAGAAAAAUUGGAAAUAGGAGGCACACAGCAACAGAUCAAUUACUUCAUGGAAACUUUCAGCAAGAAACGAACUGAAAUAAAUGAUGCUCUGAGUUCAAUUGAAAAUGGUGAUGUUGAAAAACAAAAUUUUGCCGAUUUGUUAGAUAAAUUAUCGAAAGAACUACAAAUUUUGAAUAGGUUUUUAACAACGGCAACUGUUUAUCUUAGAGUGUAUGAUAUUAGAAAGUGUAAGCAACUUUUAGAUGAUACCCAGUUACGUUUACAGCAAGUAGAAGAAAAGUCGUUACCUAAGAAAAAGUUCGGUUUCAAAUCGAAAAAGCAUCAGAAAACUUUGGACAAGGAAAGUGAGAUUAUGAAAUGCGAUGUGGUGGACGGAGAGUUGAAGAGGCCAGAAUGGUGGAAGACCGACAAUUGUUCGCCGGGCUUCACUGGCAGGAGAAAGGAAUCGCUAAAUAUGAGUGAGAAUGAGUUGGCUGGGAAAGAUGUAGUGAUUUCUGACAUAGAGGACUGUACAAUCACGCUGCUUGGAAGCCCAUCAACGCUGCAUGUGACGGGGCUGAAAGGUGGUAGGGUGCUGUGUGGCCCGGUGGCGACGUCCGUGUUCGUUGAGAACUGCAGCGACUGCACGCUGGUGUUCGCUUGCCAGCAGUUGCGCGUGCACAGCACGCAGAACGCGCGCUUCUACUUGCACGUGACUAGCCGCGCCAUCAUCGAGGACGCUGUGGGUAUUGGCGUGGCGCCGUUCAACCUCAGCUAUGAUGGCCUUGACGCGCACUUCAAGCAGGCAGGCCUGGAUCGCGCACGCAACAAUUGGGACGCUGUCGAUGACUUCAACUGGCUGGCUAGCGACUCGCCCUCGCCAAACUGGGCCGUCAUCGCAGACAACGAUCGAGUGAUCGAUUGGAAUCUCGAGUCAAGCAUGUGAGUUUGCAUAAAACUUUGCCCAACUGAUCCGUUAUCGAAGACAAAGGUGGAAUGCUUGAUUGGAAUCUCGAUUGAAGCAUGUGAAUUAGCAGAAAACGUCGCCCAAUUAGUCAGUCAUCGCAGACAAUAAUCGUGUGAUCGAUUAGAAUCUUGAUUCAAGCAUGUGAGUUAGCAGAAAACUUCUAACACUAAAUUUCUGUAUUAUAACGUUGUAAUUGUCAAUCGCUUAUGUAGUUGAUCAGCUCUAUAACACCUAUAUCAUGUAAUUGAUUCUGAAAUACAAGUUAAAAUUUAGAAACUAA